UAGGAGCUUUAAUAUGUCAAUGAGGUUUUAACAGAAUUGAAAAAAUAUAUAUAAAAAAAAAUUUGGAAAACAAAUGGAGGGAGAAGAAAUCAAGAAUGAACAGAAAACUCCAUUGUUGGAUGGGUGGAAGCUUAGUGGCAGUGGACGGCGGAACUCAGUUACAACUCUAAGGGGUGAUUUCUUGGCAAGAUUGCCUGAAAAAGUCAAGUCUUGUGUUAAUGUUGAGGUAGAUGUUGAAUCUUCAUCAUCAAUCAUUGACAUUUCCAAGACUUCUAGCUUGUCUAAAGGAGAAAAGGAUUACUAUGAAAAACAAUUUGAGACCUUGAAGUCAUUUGAAGAAGUUGAUUCCAUUGUGGCAUCUAGUUUCAUUGAUGAUGAGGAUCAUGAAGAAGAAUCUCAAGAUGAGAGGGCAAUGAAGAUAUCCAAUUAUGCGAACGUUUUAUUACUAGCUCUUAAGAUCUAUGCCACGGUGAAAAGUGGUUCCCUAGCUAUCGCUGCAUCUACAUUGGAUUCGUUACUUGAUCUCAUGGCUGGUGGCAUACUGUGGCUCAGUCACCUGUCCAUGAAAAAUAUCAACAUCUACAAAUAUCCUAUAGGGAAGUUACGAGUGCAGCCAGUAGGGAUCAUUAUCUUUGCUGCUGUUAUGGCUACACUUGGCUUUCAGGUGUUGAUUCAGGCUGUAGAACAACUAGUUAAAAAUGAAUCUUCUGAAAAGAUGGCCUCGGAUCAGCUUGUCUGGUUAUAUACUAUCAUGAUAACGGCCACAGUGGUAAAACUUUCCCUUUGGCUAUACUGCAGAAGCUCAGGAAACAACAUUGUCCGUGCCUAUGCAAAGGAUCACUAUUUUGACGUGGUUACUAAUGUAGUCGGAUUGGUAGCAGCUGUACUUGGCGAUAAAUUCUACUGGUGGAUUGAUCCUGUUGGUGCCAUUAUUCUUGCACUUUAUACUAUCUCCAAUUGGUCGGGAACUGUUUUAGAAAAUGCAGUGUCACUGGUAGGACAGUCGGCCCCGCCAGAAUACUUGCAAAAGUUAACAUAUCUUGUUAUAAGACACCCUCAAGUGAAGCGUAUUGAUACAGUUCGAGCCUACACAUUUGGUGUCUUGUACUUUGUAGAGGUUGAUAUUGAACUCCCGGAAGAUUUGCCUUUGAAAGAAGCACAUACUAUCGGAGAAACUCUACAAAUAAAACUCGAGAAACUCCCUGAAGUUGAACGAGCAUUCGUUCAUCUCGAUUUUGAAUGUGAACACAAACCAGAGCACUCUGUUCUUAGCAGGCUGCCAAAUACUGAACCAUAGGUUCAUGGUUACGUUAUGCUCGGAUAACGGAGGAGAGUUGCGAUUACUUUAAACGGAGUUUUGUUGUUUUUGGACAAACAUUUUAACUAUAUAAAUGUGUAUAUUCGCAUGAUCUAGCAUAAAAGUUCCAAGUGAAGGGUGUGUUUGUGUCA